GGCGGAGACAAAACUUAUAGUUUUAAUAAGAAUACUUUCUUUAUUGAGAUGUUUUUUAUAAAGUAGACACAAUAAUUAUUUCUAUUUUCAGUGUUAGUUUCGAUUAAAAAGAUUAUUUUGCAGAUUUUCAAAAAGUUACAAAGAUUUAUGAACAAUGUCUAGACCGGAACAUUUGGCUCCACCUGAGAUUUUCUACAAUGAAGAUGAAGCUCGUAAAUAUACGCAAAAUUCUCGAAUUAUUGAUAUUCAAGUACAAAUGUCUGAAAGAGCAAUAGAAUUAUUAUUAUUACCUGACGACCAGUCAUGUUUUCUAUUAGAUAUUGGUUGUGGAUCAGGUCUUAGUGGUAGUGUUUUAGAUGAUCAAGGACAUUUUUGGGUUGGCAUGGAUAUAUCUCAAGCUAUGUUAGGUAUAGCUAUAGAACGGGAAGUUGAGGGUGAUGUUAUAUUAAGUGAUAUGGGGCAAGGUUGUCCUUUUAAAGCAGGCUCAUUUGAUGGUGCUAUUAGUAUAUCAGCUCUUCAGUGGUUAUGUAAUGCUGAUAAAUCACAUCACAAACCUGUGCAAAGGUUAUAUAAAUUUUUCUGCACACUAUAUGCAUGUCUGAGUCGGUCUGCUAGAGCUGUUUUUCAAUUUUAUCCAGAAAAUGCUGAACAAAUGGAGCUUGUAACUUCGCAAGCAAUGAAAGCUGGUUUUUAUGGAGGUGUAGUAGUUGAUUAUCCUAAUAGUACAAAAGCAAAAAAAUAUUUUUUGGUAUUGAUGACUGGAGGUAACGUACCCCUUCCUAAAGGACUUGAUAGUGAAGAAAAUUCUCAAGGCGUAUCCUAUACAUCUAAAAGGGAGAGGUUGAAGCAACAGCGUGGAAAGUCUUUAAAGAGUGGAAGAAACUGGAUUUUAGAGAAGAAAGAAAGGAGGAGGCGACAAGGCAAAGAAGUACGAGCAGAUUCUAAAUAUACUGGCAGGAAAAGAAGCGGGAGAUUUUAGAUUUUUGUAUAAAUAAAUUAAAAUAAAAUAAUUAUUACAAAGUAAA